AUGGUUAAAAUUGAAGAGUUAAAUCGGAAGAGAAGUUCGGCGAAGAAAAAGUUCGACGACGAGGUAAAAAGCUUCGAAUUUGUGCUAGAAGCUCGCCCGGAAAUACAUAGUCUUGAAGAGGCUUUUGGCGAAGUCAAGGUAAAAUAUAAAGCUGUAAGAGUAAUACAUGAUGGAAUUACUGACUUAAUGGUCGAAGCUGACAUUGAGGAAGCCGAUUUUACAAACCAUGAUAUUUUUAUUACGGAAAUCAUUGCAAAAUAUGGCGAUUUACUCUCAAAGUUAGAACAAUAUCGACGAAAAUGUGAAGUAGAUCAAACAUCAAAGGGACUACCGACUGAAAUGGAACCCAAACAACAGAGGUCUAAUCUGGAGAGAAUCAAGGUACCACAAUUUUCUGGAAACAUUAAACAUUAUCGAACAUGGAAAAGAAUUUUCGAGGACACUAUGAAGAGAAAUUAUGAAAAUGAAGGAAGUCAACUUGCAAGAUUGAUUGAAGCUAUCCAACCCCCCCCCCCCCUGAGAUAUGAAAUUGAAUGUUUUACUACAACUAAAGCGAUAUGGGAAUUUCUCGACAAGUUAUUUGGAGACGACAAAGAGUUGAUUAAAAUUUUGAUGAAUGAUAUCAAAACAAUGAAACCCUUGAAGGUCAAAGAUGCAAAGUCGAUUCGGAAUUUGGUCGCAACAGUUCGUGGGUUUAUUCUCAGAAUGGAAGAUGUUGGAGCAUCUGACGAAGCCAAAAGUAGAUAUAUGUUUGCUGAUAUUCUGGCGAAAUUGACGGUAGAAGAUCAAAGAGCUUACGCACGGAGUAUGAUUGAUACAAAGAAGAUUGAAAGCCUGCAUACCUUGUUGGAAUACCUAGAAGAAGAGGCAAAAAUAAUGGCAAGUAGUCAAUCGGAUCAACGCUCUUCAAAAAUUGAGAUUUAUCCAGUUAAUGUGGACGGUGGUUACAAUGGUGCCCCUGGUUGUGGUUUGGGUUGUUCCCAACAACAUGGUUUAGGUUAUUGUCCAGCAUUUAAGAAGAUGAAAGUGAAGGAAAAGUGGGAAGUGGUGAUUCAGUCCAAGAGAUGUAAAAAAUGUCUGCGAACUGGACACCGACACCAACAGUGUUCGCGAAAGGCAUGUGAUAUCAACAGUUGUGGAAGACCACAUCAUUACCUAUUGCAUAAAGAGAUCCAAAACAAGUGGACAAUGGCAAUCUGAACCCUGAUGCACAACCAUUCAAACCAGAUCAGGGGGAAGCUACAGGCACAGGAAAGUCCAAUCAGAUUGGUGCUAUUUCAGCUGGUAAUGCAGGAACUGCAAAUGUACCAACUCAAAAGGUCAAAGUGCACAGUGCCAAUGGGAACACUAUUAAGGGACUUGCCAUGGUUGAUAGUGGUUCUAUUAAGAGUCUCAUUCGGAAAGAGUUUGCAGACAAGCUCGGUUUGGUCGGAGAAUCAAAAAAGAUGAAGAUGUAUGUUGCAGGCGGUGGAAUUAGAGUUGAAGAUUCUGCUGAGUUUGAUUUAAAGAUAUCGCCCUGUUAUGAUGAAGAUAUUGUAUUCAAUGUGAGAGCUUAUUCAGUCAAGCAACGUUGCCAAGCAGCCAAAACUAUUUCAAAGAAAGCGGUAGUCAGAUUUCCUCACCUUGUUCGAAUUGUAGAAGAUCUACAUUUAAAUGGCGGUCCAGUGGACAUUCUAUUGGGAACAGAUCUACCGGAAGCCCAUCGUGAUUUUAAAGUUCUGGCGGGUAACCCUGGUGAACCGAUUGCAAAGAAGAACAUCUUUGGUUGGUCAGUCCUUGGUAAUCUUGAAGAGAAUAGUACACCUGGAAUUUUUGCUGUCCAAACCAUUAACGACAUAACAAAGGACCAGGACAUAAAGAAAUUAAUUUUCCAAGAUCAAUUAAGAAUCAAACCAACUGGUUACUGUACGUGCUCUGAGAAAGAAAUGCGAGACCGGGUGUCGAAAGAAAGGCAGCUGGUAAAGAAAGGAAAGUUGGAGGCGUUUAACAAGGAAGUAAAAGCUUUGGUCGACAGAGAAGUAGUCAUUAAGCUGAAACAAGAGGAAGUAAACCCAGAGGAGCCGGCUUGGUAUCUAACGAUUGGAAAAGUGGAAAGUCCCGACAAGACUACCAAGUGCAGAUUAGUUUUCGAUGCAGCAGCCAAAAUGGACGGACUUUCCCUCGAUGAUGCUCUUGAAAAAGGACCAUGUCUUAUGAAUUCCUUAUUUGAUGUGUUGAUUGGCUGGAGACAGAAUGAAGUCGCCUUUGCUGGAGACGUCUCGAAGAUGUUUAAUCAGAUAGUUGUCCAUCCGGAUGAUCAGAAAUACCACAGAUUCUUGUGGAGAGACGGAGAAACUGACAGGGAGCCUGCCAUGAAUGCCAUUAAUCUUCUCGCUGAUAGAGCUCAAGUCAAAUCACCAGAAGCAGCACGAAUCCUAAAGGAUAAUACUUAUGUUGAUGACGUCGCGGGGUCGGAGACAUCACCAGAGAAAGUCAAGAAAGUGGUCGAUGGUAUCGAUACCAUUUUGGGCAAAGGCAAGUUUGCCAUCAAAGCGUGGCACAGCAACAGCCCAGAGAUUGAUCAAGAUGGCAACGAGAAUCCGAUGAGUCUACUGGGUCAUCAAUGGAACAUGAAAACUGAUAGCAUUGCUUUGAAGAGCGAGACAGUGUAUACAGAUCUCAGUUAUUGUACGAAACGAAAGGCUCUUGGUGUGGUGUCUCAACUGUGGGAUCUGCUAGGACUGAUGGCGCCAGUUACAAUUCGGUUUCGAAUUGAUCUCCAGAAUCUAUAUCAGUGGGAUGAGGUAUUGCCACCUGAAGAAAAGUUAAAAUGGCAGAAGAAUGUCGGAGUUGGUGAUCUUGUAUUAGAAAUCGAUGGGAAUCGCAAGAGAGGUGAGUGGCAAAUGGCGUUGGUGGAAGAAGUAUUUCCUGGUGGUGAUCGUAAAGCAAAGAUCAGAACGUCGAAGGAGUCUACGAAAGACCCAUAG